AUGCCUUUCACACACCUUUUCUCCUCAAAGGCGAAGAAACCUCUUCGUGGCAUUGCACCACCACAGGCCCGCCACCUCCCACACAUCUGUCGCGACUUUGCUUGGACCAGCAAGCUAAUUCGUCGCGAUGUCAAGAACUUGUGCCGAGCAGGUAAAAACAAAGCUAAGGCCAAAGUCAAGCAGAUGUUCGCAUCCAACAACAAUCCUGCCAUCAUAACCAACACCACAGAAGCCACCGAUCUUUUCGAACCCUCUGAGUCCUUCCAGCUCAUCACAGCCUCUGAGUCCACCACUUCAACCGAGUCCAUCGCACCCACUGAGUACUACACUGCCACCGAGUCCAUCGCCCCCACUGAGUCCACCAUCCCCACCGAGCCUACUGAGUCCAUCAAGUACACCGAGUCCGCCGAGUCCACAAAGUCCACAAAGUCCACAAAGUCCAUCGAGCUGAUGCUCCCUGAGCUGCCUCUAGCUCAAAUUAUUUCACUCUGCCCAGCUUCCAUGACCAACAUCACGGUCCCGAAGCGGGCAGUGGCGGUUCAAAAGAAACCGUCACUACAUAUGCAGAAGGCUUCGAUGUCCUCCACCGAAACCACGCAGACCGAGAUCUUCUCAAUGAAGAUCAAUUCAUCGGAAUGCAGUGUCGCCACUACCGCCGGCACAAUCACCACCAAAGCCGAGGUCUCGAAUGACCUCACCAUCUGCAUCCCGGAGUGUGGUUCACUCCACAAAUAUCUCCGACAACUGUUUGUCCCUUGGUGCGAGGCCACACCAAGGGACGAUAGCCACGCCGAACGUUGGCUCAAUCGAGGCACCCGACUGGUCCUCGACACGAUCAUAGAGCAGGCCAGCUCUAACAACUCUUUUGAUCUCCUUCGAGGAGAUCAGGCUCAUGAGGAUGGAGCCGAUUUCAUCCUCGGACUCGACCGGCUCAUCACCACCCAUGGUGGUCACGAUAUCCUGGCGAUGUUACAAUACGCCCAGGUCAUGGCAUCACUGGCAGCUCCUGCCGAAAGCCACAAGGAUACGUGUUCAUGUGUGGGCACAAUAAACUCCAAUGCAGCAGUCCCACCUGUCCUAUUGUGGGCUGCUGUAUUGGUUGGACUCAAGGAUCGAGCGAUCACCAGAGAUAUCGUUGCAGUGAUUCUGGGACUCGCCUGGCCAGAGGUCGACGCCAACAUGAUGAUUAGCAAGAUCGGAAACCCGGCGAACAGGUGGUGGAACUCGGACGAGGUGGAUGAGGUCCGCCAGAGGUUGAGAAGAGUGUUGUCGCCUGAAGUCGAGGCUUUGUUCAAUUAA